GAUUCCUGACGGCGGAUACGAAGGUGUGAAGAACGAGCGAUCGUGUAUUUUGAAGGAGUUUUCCACUUUAACCUCUUGACGGAGCUGGAUUUCGCUGCACGGGAUUCAAUAUGUUGGCCCUCAUCAAUCGGAUCUUGGACUGGUUCAAGUCCCUCUUCUGGAAGGAAGAGAUGGAACUCACCCUCGUUGGCCUGCAGUACAGUGGAAAAACUACCUUCGUGAAUGUCAUAGCGUCGGGUCAGUUUAGCGAAGAUAUGAUACCGACUGUAGGCUUCAACAUGCGUAAAAUAACCAAAGGCAAUGUCACUAUAAAAGUAUGGGACAUUGGUGGUCAACCAAGGUUUAGAUCUAUGUGGGAGAGAUACUGUAGAGGAGUAAACGCCAUAGUUUACAUGGUGGAUGCAGCUGAUUCAGAGAAGAUUGAGGCAAGCCGUAAUGAAUUACACAAUUUGUUGGAUAAACCACAAUUGUCUGGAAUACCAGUGUUGGUUCUGGGUAAUAAAAGGGAUCUACCUCAUGCAUUGGACGAGAAUGGGCUCAUAGAAAGAAUGAAUCUAUCUGCGAUUCAGGACCGUGAGAUUUGUUGCUACAGUAUUUCGUGUAAAGAAAAAGACAAUAUCGAUAUUACGUUACAAUGGCUCAUAGCGCAUUCGAAAAGUGGAAUUCGUUAAUAAUCUUAAAAUAUCCCAUUUGUUAGUAUCAGCGAGACUUUGAUACUGAUAACAGUAUUGGGAUCAAUUGUGAAAUGAUCGCAUUGAGCAAACAUUGUUCAAAACUGAAGUCAUUAUUGUAGAAAAUUACUUGAGCUUUAGCUGAUCUAAGUUGGAUGGUGCGAAUAUGCCAUGGUAAAAUUUAAAAAUCAUGCUUGUAUGCCAAGAAUAUGCUCGUGUGAAUUAUACCAUAAGGCACUCAUUUCCCGCGAGCACCUUAGUAAUAAGGAACAAUUUUUUAUAUUUUCGUUUUAGGUAAGUCCAAGAAUAUAUUCCAAUACUUAAUAUAACAAUUAAAUGUAAUUAGUAUCUCUGUAUUUUCUAUAAUUACCGCUAUUGUGUAAAGCUGAAAUAAUACCAACAUAAUCGCAGUUAAUUAUUGUGAUAUUAUAGUCUAGAUGUUGAUAAUCUGAUUUCGUCUUGUACCCUUGAAAGAUACCAAACGUUUCAUGUAUAAAUUAGAGAAAAUUGUAGCUAUUACGAAAUACACA